UGAACUGAUCAACCAUCCAAACCUAAAGACACAAACAACUGAGGCUUUAAUUUUAUUUGUAAGAUGAAAUCUGCUCUUGCUUUGCUGCCUCUCUUGCUUUUCUUGUUUGUAGCAAAUGUAGAAUCAAGAAAAGAUCCAAGGGAAAAAUUGAAAGAAGAUAUUCAAGAACUCCUUAGCUUCAACACCGAAGAGAAUCUCAAGACAAACAAGGGGGCCAUUAAAGAUUUUGAACCAAGACCUAACAUGCUUUUCUACAAUGGAGACAAUGAGAAUGAUGCAAAGAAAAACAAGGGAACCAUUAAAGAUUUUGAACCAAGACCUAACUUUUUCAAUUAUGCAGACAAUGAGAAUGUUGCAAAGGAAAACAAGGGAACCAUUAAAGAUUUUGAACCAAGACCUAACUUUUUCAAUUAUGCAGACAAUGAGAAUGUUGCAAAGGAAAACAAGGGAACCAUUAAAGAUUUUGAACCAAGACCUAACUUUUUCAAUUAUGCAGACAAUGAGAAUGUUGCAAAGGAAAACAAGGGAACCAUUAAAGAUUUUGAACCAAGACCUAACUUUUUCAAUUAUGCAGACAAUGAGAAUGUUGCAAAGGAAAACAAGGGAACCAUUAAAGAUUUUGAACCAAGACCUAACUUUUUAAAGUAUGCAGACAAUGAGAAUGAUGCAAAGGAAAACAAGGGAACCAUUAAAGAUUUUGAACCAAGACCUAACUUUUUAAAGUAUGCAGACAAUGAAAAUGAUGCAAAGGAAAACAAGGGAACCAUUAAAGAUUUUGAACCAAGACCUAACUAUCUCAUUUAUGGAGACAAUGAGAAUGAUGCAAAGAAAAAUAAGAGAACUAUUAAAGAUUUUGAAUAUUUCAAUUAUGGAGACAAUUAAUGUUAAAAAAGAGAAGAAUGCAUAAAUAUAUAAAUGUGUCGCUAAGUAUAAUAAAGAAAAUGCUAACGUGUGUCAUUUAGAUACUUGUUAGCAAUAUCUAUGUAAUCAUGAAAUUGAAUGCGACUUAUGUUACAUAUUUAAAUAACCUCUACAUUUCAAUGAUUACUAAUUAAGUAUGUAUGAUGAAUUAA